AUGUCGCUUAGCCGAAUUCUCAACGACGAACCAUCCCCGGCGAGAAAAUCCGCUUCCUCACGUGGUGGUGGUAUCGAUCCUUCGUUAGCAGACGUGUCACCUCUCUCCCGGGCCACAGUCAUAUCUCCUCAUCCCCAAACUCUUCGUCGGAGUCUAACUCCUCUCGGAGAGCAGCCACCACUUCCUCGUGGAUAUUCUUACCAGACACCCUCUUAUCAGGGUGCCGGAGGUUGGGAUCCAUACUCGGGUGAUUACGUUCAGGGAGAGAUCUUUCCUCUUGGUCCAGGAGGCAACUACUAUUCUCAGCGUGAACGGGAUGGACAGCACCAGCCUCCACCUCCAGAACCCCGCGCAUCUUCCAUGGGCGCUUACUACAAGGAAGGCGAAAACGAACCCACACCGCGAAAACGGAGAAAGCCUGUAGCUCCAGACGACGACCCCGAUUACCAGCCUCCGAUUGUAAAGCGCGUAAGUUUCAUCAGGCAUACAUAG